AUGGAGGCGCGCAGUGCCUCAGUACACGAGACUUGUAUACUAACUGUGGAUACCAACAUGUCAAUCAAUAUGGCCGCUUCAGGUGUACUAGAAGAUUUCGCCCGACAUGUCUACUCCACCUUCAAGGGAGUAAUCAAUUUUCAACUCAAGAUCCCAUAUAGAAGAGACGAGAUAAGGGAUGGAAUCAUUACAUUAGCCGACUUGGUAGCUCCAAAAAUACACGUUGAGCUUGACAAGAUGGGCUACUAUUCGAUAACAAUUGAUGCGGCAUCACACGGAAUCCGGCAUGGCUUUUUUGUGAUGGCUAGCAAUCCAGCAAAAAUGAAGAACCAUAUCUUCAUUGAUACUAUGAUCGCUAAUGGUUGGAAUGCCAGGGAUUACAAUAAUUUCUUUGAAUGUUUUACCUUCCCAAAGGAUUUCCUUUCUGUAAUUGUUGCCGAUGGAUGCCCCGCCUAA